GGUUUCCACUUCAAGUGGCGGCGAGGGGGAAGGGUGAGCAACUCGGAUCGAUCGGGAAAAGAGGAGAAGAUGGUGAAAUUUCUGAAGCCGAACAAGGCGGUGAUCAUCCUUCAAGGGCGAUUCGCUGGGAGGAAGGCAGUGAUCGUGCGGGCCUUCGACGACGGUACUCGGGAGCGGCCCUACGGGCACUGCCUGGUGGCCGGCGUCGCCAAGUACCCGAAGAAGGUCAUCCGCAAGGACUCGGCGAAGAAGACGGCCAAGAAGUCGCGGGUGAAGGCGUUCCUGAAGCUGGUCAAUUAUAGCCAUAUCAUGCCCACCCGCUACACCCUCGACGUCGAUCUCAAGGACGUCGUCACCGCCGAUUCCCUUCAGUCCCGCGACAAGAAGGUCACCGCCUGCAAGGAGACCAAGGCCCGCCUCGAGGAACGCUUCAAGACCGGCAAGAACCGGUGGUUCUUCACCAAGCUUAGGUUCUAAUCUCUUCUAGUCCGCUUUUCUUAGAUCUAUCUACCAGUAAUAUUUCUACUACUUCCAUCAUCGUCUGUCGAGAUCUAUAGCGUUCUAUGAGGUUUUUAGCCUCAUUUUGGUUCAUCGGAGGACGAAACUGAUUUGAUCAUGGAUCGAAUGACAUUUCAUAUCUGUUGCUUAAACGGAUGAGUCGAAUGCUUUGCGCCAA